AUGCUUAUACUCAAACACAACAAGGCUGAAUUGACAUCUGACGAACUAAUACAGAUUGAACGAAAGUAUCUACGUUGGAUGACGGAACAUGACGAUGCCAAUACCAACGCAAUUGAAGUGAACGUUCUGGACUGUACAAUGACAGAUCUGUACGGGUAUCUGUUGGGCAUCUUUUCAAAGUUGGAUGUAUUUGACACACUCAAGAUAUCCACAUGUCAGUUUCUGGACUUUUUGAUUGACGUUCAACGCACAUAUCAAAAUACACCGUAUCACUCGUUCUACCAUGCCGCUGAUGUAGUGGUUGUUCUGUAUUACAUUGUGUUGGAUUUAAAGGCAAAAAAGUACUUUUCAGACAACGAGAUAGCCAUUCUAUUCAUUGCUGCCAUUUGCCAUGAUGCGGGCCAUACCGGUUAUAACAACGAUUAUCAUGUCAAGCUAAAGACUGACCUCGCCAUUCGCUACAACAAUAUCUCGGUCCUUGAAUCCUUAUCAGUCGAGAUUGCGCUUGGCUUGCUGGAGAAGCAUCAAAUCACCAACAGCAUCAACCCUGAUCUGAUCAAGAGCCUCAUCCUGGCCACAGACAUGACAGUGCACUAUGAUCUGCUCAGUGAAGCGGGUGUGUUGGAGGACCUUGUCUCGGCCGUCAAUUUUUGGGACGAUGACGAGCAAGAUAACUUCAGCGACAUGGGCGAAAGUUUAGCUGUAUCUGAAACAUUGUCAAUGAGCGUGCAGCAGCAACAUCUCUCAUCAUUAUCCUACAACAAUAGCAGCAGUGUAAAGGAAGGUUUCAUUCAGUUUAAUGACGACAGCGCCAAAUCACCUCAUUCGCCACUGGAUCAAUCUCAGAGACUAUCGUUUGCUUGCAUCCUGCUACACGCUGCUGAUAUCAGCAACACUGUCCGUUCUUGGCCUAUCUCCAAGCAAUGGUCUGAUUUGAUUGUGCAAGAAUUCUUUCGACAAGGAGACGCCGAAAAGUUGGCUGGAUUACAAGUGUCUCCGGGCAUGGAUCGUGAUUUGGCUACACAAGCAAGCAUCAGUCUCAAGUUUGGUGAUUUCGUAGUAAAGCCGUAUUUCGAGGCCUUGACUGGCUUGUUGCCUAGGGCCCAGGUAUUUCUGGAUACGCUUCAAGACAAUAGAGAGGAAUGGCUCAAGCUGAAAGCAAGUCCAUUUUCUACCUCCAUCACAAACUACUUUAACAGCUAUCUCUCUUCUCGAUUUUCUAUUGCUACACCUACACCCAGUGCCGCUACUAGCACCGCCACAACACCUUCCUCAUCCAAGAUUCGUAAAGUGAGUGUCCCCGCUGGUACAGUGGCUAUUCCUUUGACGCAUGCUGCUGCCGUUGCUGCCUCGGCUGACAAUGCCACUGUCAAGCCGAUGCCCAUCCUGCGUACCUCAAGCCAUGCCAGUGCACUCUUGGAAUCGCCACACACCUCGGUCUCCUCCGAAUUGAGAAGAAAUAGUGCUGAUUUCAGAAAGGAACGAUCCAGAGUGCCCACAAAGCAACACCAUAUUCAAAUUUAG